GUGGCCCUGGCAGGGGAGGGGUUUGAUGUGGACAUUGGGGCACCGGGCGAGAAAGGUCUCCUUUCAACUUUGUCUUGUGGCUUGCACCCCGGGAGGAGGCCACAUGCCGAUUGUGGGGUGUAGAUGUGCUGGGAGUGAUUUCUAAGUAGUUUAGUUGUUGAGAUAGGGUACGGCGGCUAAUUGUAGGCAGGUUUUGUUUUCAUGGGUGAAUCCGGUGUCAUCAUAUUCCGGUCAUAUGUUGAAAUAUUCUUUGUUUAGGUCUUGAAGUAGAGGAUCUCCCUCUGCACGUCCACAUUGUGUUGUUUUUGAAUGAUGUCUUCGGGAGUGUGGAUUUCUAGAAUCUCAAAUGUGAUUUUUAAGGUUUCGGCAUGUGUGGGCCUCAGCACUGGCCUUGACAGUGAACUUUGUGGCUUUUUUUUUUUUUUUUUAACUUCUAAGAUUUUACUCCAUAGCUGGGAUGCUAGUUAUGCUUGAUGGUAGUAUCAGGAAUGUAGAGUCUUGAGCUGAGGAAGUUAGAGAGGGAAGGGCAUUUAUUUAUUAAUAAUUGAUAGCUCAAUGUUAGAAUCAGAUUCAUUUGCACUGGUUGAAGGUUUUUUCCUCCCUUUUUCCUUUAAAGCAGUUGUGCACUCUAGGAAGGAAGCCUUUUGGCAGACACUCUUUAUGGUGGCUUUUUGGGGGCAUGAAAGGGGGUAUCGCCUUUUACAGAGAUCUCUUCAGCAUCAUUUGUAGAUUUAUCGAGGGCCUCUUCGGGGGGGGGGCUCAAAUUGAGGCUAAGAAGUAUAAGGCUACUUUUUGUUCCUUGUUUACAUUUCAUGUCUCACAUUGGGGCAGUGGAAAUAAAUAGGUCAGCCCCCUCCCCCUUUUCAAAGUUUUACCAUCUACUUGGUUUACAGCCUUGUAGGAAAGCCUUACUGAGAUUUUCCUGGGAAUACUGUUACUCAUUUUAAUUUCGUGCUAUUGAAGACAUUUUCAACUUGAGAUUUUAGUUGGCUUCACAUUAUUAAAGUGCUCAGACUUCGGACUCAGGCAAAUCCGUAUAGAGCUGGGAGAAUAACACACCGAAAAGACACCUGCUGGGGCCAUACUUUAUUUUACAGGGAUGGGAUUAAAGAACUGACUGAGAGCCAGUUUCUCCAAAAUUGGUUUCUUUACUGCAGGACUUCUCAGAACCUUUAAUAUGCUAAUGUGCAUUGUGAAUCUCCAAGAUGGGGAUAUGAUAUGCAGCAUUCUUGAAUCCUUCUAAUGACAGGGAGCCCACUACCUCAUAAGCUGCAGCAACAAGAGGAGCUUGUUAUUUUAAACGGAGGCUGAAGACACUGUAGAAUUAGCAGACAUAAGAGAAAGUGGAGAAGGUAGAGGAUGGAGUUGCAGACUCUACAGGAGGCUCUUAAAGUGGAAAUUCAGGUUCACCAGAAACUGGUUGCUCAAAUGAAGCAGGAUCCACAGAAUGCUGACUUAAAGAAACAGCUUCAUGAACUCCAAGCCAAAAUCACAGCUUUGAGUGAGAAACAGAAAAGAGUAGUUGAGCAGCUGCGGAAGAACCUGAUAGUCAAGCAAGAGCAACCGGACAAGUUCCAGAUACAGCCAUUGCCACAGUCUGAAAAUAAACUACAGACAGCACAGCAGCAACCACUACAGCCACUACAGCCACUGCAACAGCAGCAGCAGCAGCAACAGCAACAGCAGCAGCAGCAGCAGCAGCAACAGCAGCAGUCAGCAGCACCGCCCAGCCUGACUGCAUCCCAGAAGACUGUAACUACAGCUUCUAUGAUCACCACAAAGACACUACCUCUCGUCUUGAAAGCAGCAACUGCGACCAUGCCUGCCUCUGUUGUGGGCCAGAGACCUACCAUUGCUAUGGUGACCGCCAUCAACAGUCAGAAAGCUGUGCUCAGCACUGAUGUGCAGAACACACCAGUCAACCUCCAGACGUCUAGUAAGGUCACUGGGCCUGGGGCAGAGGCUGUCCAAAUUGUGGCAAAAAACACAGUCACUCUGGUUCAAGCAACACCUCCUCAGCCCAUCAAAGUACCACAGUUUAUCCCUCCUCCUAGGCUCACUCCACGUCCAAACUUCCUCCCACAGGUCCGACCCAAGCCUGUGGCCCAGAAUAACAUUCCUAUUGCUCCAGCGCCUCCUCCCAUGCUUGCAGCUCCUCAGCUUAUCCAGAGGCCUGUCAUGCUGACCAAGUUUACACCCACAACCCUCCCCACAUCCCAGAAUUCCAUCCAUCCUGUUCGUGUCGUCAAUGGACAGACCGCAACCAUAGCCAAAACGUUCCCCAUGGCCCAGCUCACCAGCAUUGUGAUAGCUACUCCAGGGACCAGACUCGCUGGACCUCAGACUGUACAGCUUAGCAAACCAAGCCUUGAGAAGCAGACAGUUAAAUCCCACCCAGACACAGAGGAGAAGCAAGCAGAGAGCCGUACCGUCACUCCACCUGCUGCACCAAAACCAAAACGAGAAGAGAACCCUCAGAAACUUGCCUUCAUGGUGUCUCUAGGGUUGGUGACACAUGACCAUCUAGAAGAAAUCCAAAGCAAGAGGCAGGAGCGAAAGAGAAGAACAACGGCGAACCCGGUGUACAGCGGGGCCGUCUUUGAGCCAGAGCGUAAGAAGAGCGCAGUCACUUACCUUAACAGCACAAUGCAUCCUGGGACGCGGAAGAGAGGUCGUCCUCCAAAAUACAAUGCAGUGCUGGGGUUUGGAGCCCUUACCCCAACAUCCCCCCAAUCCAGUCAUCCCGACUCCCCUGAAAAUGAAAAGACAGAGACCACAUUCACUUUCCCUGCACCUGUGCAACCUGUGUCCCUGCCCAGCCCCACCUCCACAGACGGUGAUAUCCAUGAAGAUUUUUGCAGUGUUUGCAGAAAGAGUGGCCAGUUACUGAUGUGUGAUACGUGUUCCCGCGUGUAUCAUCUGGAUUGCUUAGACCCGCCUCUGAAAACAAUUCCCAAGGGCAUGUGGAUCUGCCCCAGAUGUCAGGACCAGAUGCUGAAGAAGGAAGAAGCAAUUCCAUGGCCUGGAACUUUAGCCAUUGUUCAUUCUUAUAUUGCCUACAAAGCAGCAAAAGAAGAGGAGAAACAGAAGCUACUUAAGUGGAGUUCAGAUUUGAAACAGGAGCGAGAGCAGCUAGAGCAGAAGGUGAAAGAGCUCAGCAGUUCUAUAAGUAAAUGUAUGGAGAUGAAGAACAGCAUCCUGGCCCGGCAGAAGGAGAUGCGCAGCUCCCUGGACAAGGUGAAACAGCUCAUCCGCCUCAUCCAUGGCAUCGACCUCUCCAAACCCGUAGACUCUGAGGCCACUGUGGGGGCCCUCUCCAAUGGCCCAGACUGCACCCCCCCUACCAACGCCGCCUCCACACCCGCCCCCUCCCCCUCCUCACAGAGCUGCACAGCGAACUGUAACCAGGGGGAAGAGACUAAAUAACAGAGCCCUCGAGGAGAUGCCACGUCUCGGUGGUGAGGAGACUCUAGAGAAGCAAAGCCGGAGUUCUUCUGGAAAGUACAGAAUUCUUUUGGUUCUUUGGUUCCAGAGAGAGAGAAGAUGCUUGUGCCAGGUGGCACCGAGUUUGCCAAUUGAUUCUUCUUAUUCUGUGUGUACAUGCAAAGAUUGGACCAUGUUACAUGAAAUAGUGCCAGCUGGAGGUUCUUUGCCAGCACCAUGCCAAGUGAAAUAAUAUAUUUACUCUCUCUAUUAUACACCAGUGUGUGCCUGCAGCAGCCUCCACAGCCACGGUGGGUUUCUUUUUGUUUUGUUGGGUGGGGAGCAGGGACGGGCAGAGGGAGGAGAGCAGGUUUCAGAUCUUUACUGGGAGCUGUUUGUUUAGGUAGAAAAGACAAGUCCAAAGAGUGUGUGGGCUUUCCUGUUCCUAAACUUUCACUACCAUAAAACCAAAAAAAAAAAAAAGAAAAAAAAGAAAAAAAAAAGAAGAAGAAGGAAAAAACGGAAAUAGAGGUUUAACUAACCCAGUGCCCAGAGGAGGGCCAGGGAAGGCUGGGGAGGGGGGAGCAAGGGGGGAAGUAUAUGACAUAAGCAGUAUUUAAUGUUUCUGGAGUGGGCCUAGUACCAGGAGAGCCUAGGUCCCUCCCCAGCUCCGCUCUCCCCCACAGCCUCCAGCAGCCUCUUCCUUCCCUCUGCUCAGUGUAGUGCACAGCCCCAGGUGGUCCCCAGGCCUUGCUGAAGCAGGGAAGGGAAGGUGUGUGUGGUCCAGGAGGGAGAAAGGCGGAUCAAAGGUUUUACUUGAAAACAAGCUCCAUCCUUUUUCUAUAUUUAUAAGAAGAGAAGGUUCUGAGCAGAGCAGCGCGACCAGGUGUGUGAGUGGAGACGACCCUUUUCUCUUCUUUGAGGUUUUGUUUCUGUUCUUGUUUUGUUUAAACAACAUUUUAUUUCAUUGUUUAUUUUAUCUUUUUUGUUUUUGUUUUGUAACAAGAACUAAAAUAAGGAAUAAAGCAGCUGUUCCCAGGCUGGCGUCCUGUUAAGGUAGCAAGACCUUGCAUGGUAGAGUAGACGUCAUAGUGUCAGUGAGGUCAGUGAGUCUUCGUGGGUCCUGUGUCAUCGUCCGGCACCGUUUUUGCUUUUGGUUUUGGUUUUUUUUAGGUUUGUUUGUUUGUUUGGUGUUUUUUUUUGUUUUGUUUUUUUAAUGCAAGGGCAAAAAAUAUCUUUGUACCUGGGGAAAACAACAGCAACUUUGUUUUUUAAUUAAAAAGGAAAACAAAAGAUAUUGAGGUCUUCCUAGUGUUACUUAAAUUAAGAUCAAGGUAAGAAACAUUGUAAAAAAAUUACAAAAGUGCUAUUUGUUUCCUCAAACAGUGAUUUAUAUUAAAAAGGUGUCAGAACUGGAGAAAAUGCCGUGUAGUUAUAAUUUUUUAGCACAGAACCUGCUGAUCACAAUGACAUUUUGCUGUGUUUGUGUCUCUAAACUGGUGGGCCAAUCUUCAGAGUGGCAGAUCCUCCCACCUCCUUUCUCCUCAGACUGUGCUGUCUUUUUGGUACAGGGAUCACAUUUCCUGUUUGAAGCCAAAAUGGAGUGUGCAUGGUGUGAGGGCUCUCCACGGACUGGGACCUUGCUAGAGUGCAGGCUGGUGCCCACCUAAGCCCUUCCUUUGGUGCUGCUCUCGGUCUUUCAGCCACCAGCAUUAUGUAUGCCUCGGGGGCACCUUUGGGGGCCUGACCGGUGGGGUGGGGUGCAGGCUGCUGCGUCAGAAUUAAGGGAGGAGAUGCCUUGAGGGUCCAUAUGUCUCUGAGAGUCUAGGUGGCCUUCAAGCCCAUCUUGCACUGAAGAGAAAAGACUGAAGUCCCAGCUCUCCUCUGCCUACUGGCACCAGGGUCAGAAUUCACUCCAUCCCACCCACCCACAUGCUUCCUGGGUGUCUCUGGGCUAGAGUCACUACACUUGCCUUGCUUGGCCUAUGGCCGUUUCUUCCUGGAAAACUGGGGUUCUGCAAGACUCAUAGUUGUCUCCCUACAGUGCCACGUGUUGCCAUGGGAACCUGUGUCCGUGGCAUGUCCUUGAGUGAAGGGACAGAGGCCGAGGCUCUGCCCUCGGGUCCACAAGCAGCAUCUCUGGGGCCCACGAGGCCCCAAGUCUAGGAAGAGCAGGGAAAGGCCCCUUUGCUUCGUCCUUGCCCAGAGCUGGAUCCUGACAGGAGCUGCAGCAGACAAGGGGUGCUUCCGAGAGUGAGCAAGGCCCAUCCACACCAGCCGUCCAUUCCUCUCCCCAGCAUUUGAAAAGAGGCGCCCUAGUUUGGCCAUGCAGGCCUCUGGCUUCAGGUUGACUGAGGGGAGCAGAAAAGAGCCCUCUUUUCUUAUUCAGAAGCUAAGGUGCUAAGUCUAGUUGGAGAUGCCUGGACUAGUUGGAGGAAUCUUUGGCAGAAGAUCAGAGACCAGCAGCAGGCUGAUGUCUUGGCUCCCCCAACCUCCCAACCCCCUCUUGAACUUGUCUGGGCCCAUAGGCUAGGACUUGGCACACAGUUCCUACCUGUGAUGGGAAGAGGUUGAGAAGCCAUCAUCAGCCAUUGCAGGCCUUUGCCCCAGAAGAGCUGCUUGCUGGUGACCGUGCAGGAGCUGAGCAGCCUAGAUUCCUUCUGAUGAUGGACGUGAGCUGCUUGUGUUGACCGGAGUGGAGUAAAAACUGUAGGCCUCCAUCUCCGUGCCCUUCCCUGUGUCAGCACAGCUCCUUGUCCCCUUAGACAUCCGGGAUCCUUCAGCUUCCCUUCCCCUUCCUGCACAGCCACGUGUGUAAGACCCGCUGGCUUGGUGGUUGCUUUGGAGGGCCCAGGACUGGGAGUCCCUUUGUCCCCCAGACUAGGCUGGCAGGUGCAGGCUGUAGCGCUCACCUUUCUCUUUCUGAUCCUGCUGUCUUGUCUUCCCCUGCUGACUUCUUCAUUUCUCAUCUCUUCCUUCCUUAUCUGUCUGCUGAUGACACUCUUCAGGGAAGACCCCACUAGAGGCAAUCCCUGGGUGGACUACCUAUGUGGGGCCUGUCUCUGGAGCCAAUGGCAACCACCAGGCAGCCUCCAGCUGGCCCCCAUCUUGAUGAUUGGUAUCCUGUAGGGCCACCUCUCUGGCUGCUGCUGCUUCCUGUCUGAAGCCCAACAGGCAGUGUUAAGGGUCAUGUGUGCCCAACACUGACCCAGGGUUUCCAGCUGUCUAUCUGCAUGUACAGCUGCCUCUCCGCCACCUUCCUCUUAGGGCUACUGGAGCCUUCUUGACUCUCACCACCAGCCCUCCAGCUCAUAGCCUCUAAGUGGUCUCUGCCCUUCUUAGAUACGGACCUUCCCUAAAGGGCUGACCUUUUGAGGACAUUUCCUUCCAGGAGCAGCGGUAGAAUAGACCAGUGGCCUUUUCUGGGCUCUCCAGAGCCCAUGGCUUCUGUUGAAUGCAGGCGACUUUGCUCUGUAUAAGGGAUUGUGGGCCUUGUCCCACCCCUCAUCCAAGCACCCUUGGCAGAAAACAGGAGUCUCGGCCUAUGCGCCUGUCAGCUCCUCCCCAAGCAAAGAUGGGUGACCUCUGGAAAUAUUCUGCUGACCCGUCCAGGGUGGCACUCUUUAGCAAUUCCACAUGGCAGUCUUGGCCCCUGCACCCCUCUCCAGUGUCCUCGCUCUUAGCCCAGGGUGAGUUGCAGUCGCUGGGUGGGCUGAACAGACCAGAAGUCAGCAGUUCUGAGACAGAGCCAGACAGACCCAGUCCCGUCUGUGUCCAUGCCCUUUGUGAUUUCAGUCCUGGUAGAAUUUGUAUUUGGAGUUUUGUGCUUCAAACUUUCUGUUUUGUUUGUUUGGUUUUUGUUUUGAGGGGGUGGGGGGUACAGAGCAGCCGAUCAAUUUGUAUUUAUUUAUUUUAACAUUUUACUAAAUAAA